AUGGCCCUUCGUCACGACAUUGCACAGCUGCUGCCGCGCCUUCGGGAGCUCUCCAUUCGCGAAUGCGAGAUGUUUCCCGAGCUGCCCGAGAGCUUUACUUCCCUCAGCAAUCUGGAAACUUUGAUCAUCUCCUCCUACUCCUUCUGCCAACUCACAUCCCUGGAAACUUUCAUCCUGACCGAAUGUGGUGAGAUGGACCAACUACCUGACGAAUUCUGCAACCUCACAUCGCUCCAGACCCUCUGCAUCAUGCACUCGGAAGAGUAUGAGUACCCGAUUCCAGACGGCAUUGCAGGGUUCCCUCGACUCCAUACACUUUAUUUGAGGAGUGUUUCCGUGCAUGAGCUCCUGCCGUCACUCCCCCAGUUGACUAGCUUGACUCGGUUGGAGCUGGACAGGUGCCUGAUGGAGGGAGGCCUUCCUGGAGACCUAGGCGAGCUCAGUAACCUGCAGCAGCUGCACAUCAGCUUCUGUCCUGUGAGGAGCCUGCCAGCGUCCUUCACUGCGCUCACGAGCCUCCAGAUCCUCACCAUUGAGCAUUGCACUCCCCUCGCUUCCAUAGCAGCAGGGAGCCUGCACAACCUGACGAGGCUUAAACAGUUGGAGCUGGCAGGUUGUCACCUGCGGACUGAACCGCCUCACUUGCUGCCUCGCUCUCUUGAGGUUCUGAGCUUAGAGCUCCCCCACCGAGUCCCCUCCUUACCAGACCUCUCCAUGCUGACGAAUCUAAGGAGAAUGACUCUGAAUCUGGAGGGCACAGGACAAGGAGCAACCGGAAUCUGCAGCAGCAGCAGCAGCAGCAGUAGCAGCAGCAGAAGCUGGCAUGAUUUGAAAAACCUGGAGCAAGUGGAGUAUUUGGAGGUGACCAUUGGACAGGCCGUUGAGGCGUUCCCGUUCCCUCGGUUUCCUUUCCCGCAGCUUCGCGUCUUGAAGAUCUCCUUUGGCACCCGGAUUCAAAAGCUCCCACUCCACCUCGGGUGCGAUCUGGCGCAGCUGCGGAAGCUGCACUUGUACUGCAUGGAGGGAGUGACAGAGCUGCCACACACCAUCACACAGCUACAGCACCUCACAUCGCUGGACGUAGGAUACGCCUCCCACCUUGCCUCCCUCCCAGAUGGAAUCGGUGCCUUAUCCAGGCUGAGAAGGCUGUGCCUGUCCCACUGCUCGGCACUGCAGAACCUCCCCACCUCCCUCACGCGCCUCACGUGUCUUCACCAGCUGAAUGCGGAGGGCACAAGCAUCCGCACCCUUCCCAGCGUUGCCCAGCUGACCAGGUUAAAGUGGCUCUACUUGGGAAAGUGCAACCAGCUGCAGGCGCUGCCGGAGGGUUUGACUGAUCUCAAGCUGCUGCGGUUCUUGGGGGUGAAAGGGAGUGACGUUGCGAUCGGCAGUGCAGAGGCACCUCAGCACGAGUUUGUGUACCGGAUUAGCCCGGAAGCAGAAUGGCGCGCAGCGCAGGAUGCUGGAUGCUUCGUGGGUAGCGAUUUUGACAGGCAGAGCGGGUUCAUCCACCUCAGCACGGCCGACCAGGUGGGCGGCACGCUGCUGAUGUUCUUCCCGGGUCGGGACGACCUCAUGCUGCUGCAGAUCCGCGCACACGCGCUCGGAUCAGGACUGGUGUACGAGCGUGUGCCGGACCUGGGUCACUUCCCCCACUUCUACAGCCCUGCGCCUCCCGCCAACUCCUCUGCCAGUGACGGCCGCAGUGAAGCUGCCUCUCUCCGACGGCGUGCAUGUGCUGCCGCCCUUCCUCUCCGCCUCCUGACCCCGUGCCGUCCAGCCCUUCCGCAAUCGCCACCCGUUCUCAUGGCAGCAGUUUUGGAAGCGAGGACAAUGCGAGGCACAGGAGGCACAGGGGGCUUUGAACGGAGAUUCCUUCUGUGCCACUCUGCAUGGUGUGAGCAGCGCGUGCCCGUGCACGAGGAGGUGGACGCGCACGACGGGCUCGGCGCGCUGCCCGCCGUGCCGCCCUCCGCCAUGCACUUCCUCGCCACCGUGCAUGGGGUGCCCGCUGGCGCAGGUCGGUGUGUGGUGAAGGGCGAUGGCACGGCCAAGGUGGGGCGCAUCGCCACGCUGCCUCAGUUCCGCCGCCAAGGAGUGGGGCGCGCCAUCAUGCACUGCAUUCACGAGCAAGCAGCGAAGCAGGGGUGUGUUCGGAGCACGCUGGGCGCACAGCUGGAGGCAGUGCCGUUCUAUGAGCGGCUGGGGUACACGGUGACCUCGGGGGAGGUGUUUCUGGAUGCCGGCAUCGAGCACGUGGACAUGCAUCGUGCACUCGUGCCGUGA